UUGAGCUUUAUUGUAUUUUCAUCACUUUGUGUAAGUGUUGGUAUUAUUUCCACAUCGCAUCAGUUUUGAACAUAGUUUCCAAAAUAGUUGAUAUUGGGGUCAUUAACAAUGUACUGAUUUUUUUAUAUUGUCCUUGUUAUUUUCUUAAACUUAUCUCCAUAAACUUAUUUAUCCAGAAUCAAAAAGUUAUAUUGGUAUUUUUCUUUUACUAAAAGAUCAAGGUUGUUUUGCACUUAAAAUUACUACAUGAGUCGCGCGUGUGUUAAUGCCUUGGUUUUUAAUUGUUUCUGAUUAAAUCAGAAUAACUCCAAAGUUUUGAGCUAAUGGACAUUGUUGACCAGAAAACUAGUCGAAAUGAAACACCUAAAGCAGAUUUAUUUGAGUUCUCAUCGUUCGGAUCAAGUCUGUGGGAGAAGAUUGUCCUGUUCGUUAAACCCGACGGAGAUGACACAGAACAAGAGAAUCCAAAAAAUGAUUGCGGGGAUCAGUUUGACUGUUGCCUAGGAGAUGAUCCUACUACAUGCAGUUCAGGAAUCGUGUCAGAUGUUUCCCAGAAAUCAAGUAUUUAUUUGCUUUCUCCUGAUGAGGAUUGGAACCGUAGUGUAUCGCUGGGAAACGACACCCUGGAUGGCAUUAUGACCGAUUGGGACGACGAUGGCGAACAAACAGGGUUCCAGAGUGAUAUCAGGAGUUCAGUGCCAAUUGAAGCAGAAGAUAGCGAUCUCUUUUUUCGAUAUGACAUAAGCAGGGAGUUUCUAAAUGCAUAUCAUGGAUUGACUUCGACCUUCUCGCCGAUGAAACUCGAAAGUGAAAGUGGAACCCAAGUGGGGGAAUCCGUGUCUUCGGAAGCUUCGAGUGCCUGGGAAGUGAUGACUCAGAGCUCGGAGAUUUCGGAAGCAACAGACACCAGUCGUUACAUCUCAGUUCCGAUUGUUACCACUUCGAAGUUGGUCAGAAAAUGGGACGAUAUGCCUAACAAUGAAAAUAAUGCGGCUCUUUUUAAUGGUCUGGACGACUGGGACAUAAUUCAGAGUUCAGAUGUGAGUUACUACAGAAAUAGUCCCUACUCCCCCUCCCCCCUAUCACCGAACAGACGCAGACUGGAGGGCGUGCAUGGGGACACGAGGACUGGCGCAGGGGCGCCUGGUCCGGGGGAGACAAAGAGUCUGCUGCAGAACCCCUUGGAGGAGACCUUGAGUAGAAUGACCAGGGCUCUCAAUAUGGGCGACAAAAGAGACCACGGCUUCCGAUACCUUGUGCCUCCGCUGAAAGACAACGACUUCCGCAAUUAUCUGGACGAAGAAGGGUGCCUAGUUAAACCAGAUGAACUGCGAUUGUUAGUUUACCAAAUCGGGGUUGAGCACUCGCUUAGAAAAGUGGUGUGGAAACACCUUCUAAACGUCUACCCUACUAAACCUCGACUGCUCACAGGGGCCGAAAGAUACGACUAUAUGAAGAAAAAAUGCGACGAGUAUCAUCGGCUGAAAAAACGCUGGCAACAAAUGAAUUGGGAAAACAAAAAGUCAGUUGUUUCUAGUAUUCGAAAAGAUGUUCUGAGAACGGACAGAUCACAUGCGUUCUUCUCGGAUAUAGAAAUAGAUUUCGAAAAGACACCAACCAAUCCUCAUUUGACAUCAUUGUUCGACAUUCUGAUGACAUUUGCGAUGUCGUUUCCGCAGAUAUCUUACUGUCAGGGAAUGUCGGAUUUAGCCAGUCCACUUUUGCUCAUUAUGCAAGACGAGGCAGUGACUUAUGUGUGCUUCUGUGCCUUAAUGCGUAGACUCCAGCAGAACUUCACUGUGGAUUCGCGUGCCAUGCAUAUUAAGUUCGAGCACCUUAAGUUACUUCUCAGAUAUGUCGACAAAGAGUUCUACGAUUACUUGUCUUCGGGAGCAGACAAUAAUUUCGAACUCUUCUUUUGCUACAGGUGGCUACUCCUCGAGAUGAAGCGGGAAUUUGCAUUGGACGAUGCCCUCCUGAUGCUGGAGGUCAUGUGGGCCUCAAUCCCUCCAGACCCUCCUGACACUGAUAUUAAACUAGCCAACGAACCAAUAGUGGCUGAUCUAGAAAACCAGUGCAAUUCGACAACAGUGUCAUCCUCAGGUCUUAAUGGAUCCGCAUCAUCACAUCAAAUGCUGGAUGCAUCUUUGGUGAAUAGACUGAGUGCCUUAGAUGCUUCAAAUCAGGAUUUGUUAAACUGGAGCAUGGAACAAAACGUCAAAACCCAAGUGCCAAGUAGUAGCAAAUCACAUUUUGCCCAUCUAAGCUCAAAGCAGCCGUUGGACGAAAAUGGAUCACUGCGCAGCUCAAACUCUUGUGACGAAAACGUUGAAAACAGCGCUUGGGACAGAGCUGAAAAUGUUAAUGGCGAAAUGAACUCUAAUAAUUUGCAGAGCAGCGGUCGAUCCGAUAUUUUAGCUCCAACUAAUCAGGCUCAGAGCACGCCCCUGAAUAACAAUGUUAAACGAUUUCCAUUUUUGAAAGAGUCACAGGGUAUUCCAAAGCAAUCUUCGCUGGACCAAAUAACGCCAAGUCUUAUGGAAAAUCAUGUUGAUAAUAAUAAUGUGCAAAAUGGUCACAAAAUGAACCACUCGUUGUCCUGUCCGGUACUAGACAAUGAAGCGGUUAACUCCUUGAGCGAAGGGGAAACGUCUGAUCUCGGUACUACAGAGUCUUACAAUGAAUGUAAUGGUCAUAUUACAGAGAAUGAUGGAGCAGAUCAACUACCGACAUCUUCGAAAACUGCCAGUGAUCGAGCUGCCAUUGGAGGUAAAGCACUCCUGAAUUCCUACCCGCUAUCCCAAAAGUCAUCGGUGUUAAACACUAGUCGGAGUUCGUCAUCAUUGUCGCCUGGAAUUGUUGAGCUGAAGAGGGCUAAAAGUGAUCUUGAAGUAAGUCCAAACAGCCUGAAGAAACAAAAAGGCGAAGUGUUUUCAUACGAAGAAGGCACAAGCAGUAGUGCGCAAGUUAGUAGUCUAGCUUCGCUAAACACGGAAGAAUCGACCCAGACUAAACCAAAACUCCCGCCUCCUGCAGAGUUCGGAUGCGGCAAUCCUUUUCUGCUAUUCAUGUGUGUGACUUUAAUUGUCCAGCAGAAACAGAAAAUAAUUGGAGGAAAAAUGGAUAUCACAGAAGUUAGCGGAAACUUUUUCAGACUAGUCAGAAGUCAUGAUGUGCAUAAAGUGCUUUCUCAUGCUAGAAUGCUGUUUGCAGACUACUUGAGAAAACAGCCAUGGCUAGACGACAGUGAUUGUUAAAUAGUUAUAGAGUGCUAGAGUUAUUUGGACCAUAGCUGAGCCCGGAAAAUUUGGAUUUGGAUUCAGGCAAUCUUAGUUCGGAAAAGGGCUUCUUAUUUUAGUUUGCUCAGAGUCGCCUUGCAAGGGUAUUAAUUUUGAUGAGUUAGAAUUACUUAAUUUAUUGUUUAUAUUUACAGAGUUUGUUUAAUUAAAUAUCAUUUUACGAAAACUGAUUGAGUUUUCGCUUUGGUCACAUAAUCGAAUAUCACAUCUCUUCCGAAUAUUUCUCAAUUCCAAAACAAAUUUUAU